GACGGCGCGCUUCCGCCGCGCCCGAUGCCGCGGCGAGGAGGAGACGCGAGGGCGGUGUCGGUGGUGGUCGGUAGCAGCGAGAGAGGGCUGUUCUCGUCUACUCGCCGUGCGCUCCUCGCCGCCGUCGUCGCCGUCGCCGUCACCGUCGCCGUCGUCGACGAGCGCGUCGCGACGCUCGGUGAUCCUCCACGGCGCGCUCCUCCUGGUGCGUCGUCCUACGAACCUCUCGUCGUGAUCGCCGUCGUGGUACCGUCGGCGAAAAGGGAGUAGAGAAAAAGAGAGAGGAAACUCUGCACGCGAGCGCCUCGUCUCCCGUCACGCUUGUACUCGUGCUCGACGACGUUUCCUUCCUCCAGUCGCGGAAACGUCCCCCGCGGCGGACCGCGCAAGGUUAUAAUCCCGCCUCGUCGUUGUUACUCGUCGCACCGUCACCGUCGGCGCCGUCGGCGGCGUGGAUGGUGCUGGUGGUGGUGCCUAGUGCCGGUACUGGUGGAUCGUCCGCAGGUCGUCCAGUUCGUUGUUAUCCUCGUGCCCGACGCAUCUCGCACCAAGGGGAACCGUCCAAUAGAAAUUCUCUUCUCGCCCAGACGCCCCUAAGGCAGCUGUCUACGUGUAAAAACUGAGGGGUCUGGGGCGCACGAAGGCGAGAAGAAAUGAGGUGGACGUGACACAAUGACAUGAUGAAGAGCCUGGUGGGGAUCAUGUGGAUAGUGUUGGUGCUCAUAUCAGGAUGCUCAGGAAAUCCAGACGCGAAGCGAUUAUACGACGAUCUCUUGUCGAAUUACAACAAGCUGGUUCGUCCAGUGGUCAACGUCACAGACGCCCUCACCGUUAAAAUAAAACUCAAGCUCUCGCAGCUCAUCGAUGUGAAUUUGAAGAAUCAGAUCAUGACGACGAACCUCUGGGUCGAGCAGUCAUGGUAUGAUUACAAGCUGAAAUGGGAUCCGAAGGAGUACGGUGGGGUAGAGAUGCUGCAUGUGCCGUCAGAUCAUAUAUGGAGGCCCGAUAUAGUUUUAUAUAACAACGCCGACGGUAACUUUGAGGUGACGCUGGCGACGAAGGCGACCCUCAACUACACGGGCAGGGUCGAGUGGAAGCCGCCGGCGAUUUAUAAGUCUUCCUGCGAGAUCGACGUCGAAUAUUUUCCCUUCGACGAGCAGACGUGUGUGAUGAAAUUCGGCUCGUGGACUUACGACGGCUUCCAGGUCGAUCUUAGACACAUCGACGAGGUCCGAGGCAGCAAUGUCGUCGACAUCGGCGUCGAUCUGUCGGAGUUUUAUACUUCCGUCGAGUGGGAUAUACUGGAAGUCCCUGCUGUGAGAAACGAAAAGUUUUACACGUGUUGUGACGAGCCUUACCUCGACAUCACUUUCAACAUCACCAUGAGACGGAAGACUCUGUUCUACACUGUUAAUCUCAUAAUACCCUGCAUGGGGAUAUCAUUCCUCACAGUAUUGGUGUUUUACUUGCCAAGCGACAGUGGAGAGAAGGUCAGCUUGUCCAUCUCAAUUCUAUUGUCACUGACUGUGUUCUUCCUCUUGCUGGCCGAGAUCAUCCCACCUACGUCGCUCGUGGUACCGCUUCUUGGUAAAUUCGUCCUCUUCACUAUGAUCCUCGACACCUUCAGCAUAUGCGUAACAGUGGUGGUCCUGAAUGUGCACUUCCGUUCGCCGCAGACCCAUGUAAUGUCGCCGUGGGUCCGACGCGUGUUCAUCCACGUUCUGCCGAGAUUGCUGGUAAUGCGCAGGUAUAAUACGCCAUCGCAGAGAACCAAUUACGAUUCCAGGCCGCAGUAUCAGAUAGACCAUAGGCGUAGCUUGGGCGGGCAUCAUGGGCAUCGCGUGAUGGUCAGAACAUGCAACGGUCUCGAAUUGCGAGACCCAUCACUGUUCGUCGAGUCCUCGGCCUCAGAGCUGGUCGAGUCCUCCGUGCUCUUUCCUAGUGUCGAUUCACGGGACGAGCUGCAUCCUCGAGAGUUGGAAGCAGUAAAUCUAGGAAGCACGUGCCGUAUCCACGGUUCGCCAGCGGCAACAGCCGCGCCGCCGCCGCAGCUUCCGACAGAGGAGAGCGUCGACGCUCUCUGCAACACGCUUCAUCAUUGGCAUCACUGCCCAGAACUAUACAAGGCCAUAGAAGGCAUCCGCUUCAUCGCCGAUCAUACGAAAAGAGAAGAGGAUUCUACUAGAGUGAAGGAGGAUUGGAAGUACGUCGCGAUGGUGCUCGAUAGACUAUUCCUCUGGAUCUUCACGUUAGCCGUAGUCGUCGGUACGGCCGGGAUUAUAUUGCAGGCGCCGACCUUGUACGACGAUCGCAUCCCCAUCGACGUACGGCUCUCCGAAAUCGCCUCCACCACUGCCAAGCCACACAUAGUCACGAGCCUCUGAGGGACAAUUACUAAUUGCAUUAAUGCCGCGCGCGUAAAACACGUAUACAAAAAACAUAUACACAACAACCUAUUACCACUAUUACUACAUCGACACAAGCGACAAGCGAUAUGUAUUAACGUCCGAAAGACUGAAGCCUCGCUAGGUCUUCGACUUCCGUAUGAUGAGUGCAUGUCGAGUUCGACUUUGCGUACUUGCGCCGCUGCCGAACGGAGAAUUCUUAUUACUGUUAACCCACUAACUGUCAAACUUUUAUUUUUAACCGAUUACAUAAGAAAAUUAUUAAUAACUAAUUAAUGGUAUAAAAAAUAAAAAGUCGCUAGUCCACAAAUUUGAGGAUGGUGACAGCUAAUGGGUUAAAGCGAUUUGUAUUCUUUACUUUUCUGUUUUGUGCAAUACAUAAAAUGUUCGUUAAUUAAAAGAUUUUCAUAACUAUAUGAGAGAACUAAAGUAGUCAAUUUAUUUUAUCGUAAAUUCUCAAUUUUUUAAAUCAAAGAUUAGAUUGAUUUCAGCAAUUCUUUUUUCGAAUUUUUUUUUGGUUAUUUAAAAACUGUCGUAUAUUGCUGUUUAUAAUGAAAUAAGCGAAAUACGCUUACAUAUUAAUUAUGGCCUAUAGGGAAUAGCGAUUCGUAGUCACGCGUUGAUUUUGUCGUCUUACUAAGAAUUCCCGAGCCACAGCGGGAGAUGAGCUUCCCGCGCACAAGAGGUAAUGAAAGAAAGAAGUAAUACGACGAAGAAUAUGUCUCAACCAUUUGCACGCUGAUCGCGUUUGAUUCCGUGUAGCACAUGGACAGUGUAAGAUGUUCACAACGUGUAGGUAAUAUAAUCCGAUGAAUGCGAAAUAGAUCUUCUUAUUUCUCAAAUUAAAUUGGAGGAAAAUUAUGCUUAUCGUAUUGAUAAUACGUGCAAUUACAAGACGAAUUAAAGAAAAAUAAAUUAGUUGAUUUUUAAAAAGGUAUAAGCGAAGAUAUAUGAUUAUAAUAUAUAUUUGAAGUCAUCAUUCAUAUUAUUGUUUGCAACUUAAUCUAAUCCAGUUUUUAAAUGUUUUACAUAUUUAAGUUAUAUAAAUUUAAUGUUUAUCUAUUUUGCUGAUCAAAUUAAUUUUUAAAAAACAGUUUUUUUUAGGAAUCCUAAUAAAUAUCUUCUUAUAUUGUACGUGCAAAACGAUGAUGAGUUUGAGUAAUAAGAAGAGCCACUUAUUGUCAUCGGAUUCAGAUGCGGCCUGUUUCGCGACUAGGAAAAUAUAAUGAAGUUUAAUAAAAAGAAAUGAAUAUAUAGUAGGUAAAAGGGAGGACAAAACACGUAUAUACUGUAGAAUUAAUUCAAAAAGAUCUUAACAGUGCGAUUUCGUGCCAGUUGCGUUUGUGGAAAUGCGACAACGUCCAUUAAACAUUAUCCUGUCUCUUCUGCCAGUAUGUUAGAAAGUACUCUGAAUAUAUACACAAGAUCCAAGCAAUAAAUUAAAUCCCAGAAUUAAUAUCCCACAUAUAUUGUAAGAUAGCUUUCGUAUGAAAGAUAUGUUCGCAGGUAUAAAAGAAAGAGAAGAGAAAAAUUAGCAAAAGACGCAAAUGACACGAAGUCGUACGAAGCCUGUUGCAGACUCAGGAACAAAAGAUAAGAGGAAUAUUAUAUUUCCCAUUACUACGUCGAGCCUGUAACAAUGGGGCCAUAUUUUCACAAAGAACGAAAGUGCGUGUUCUCUCGUAUUUAAAGAAAAUAUAAAAGUAAAUGAAAAAUGAAAUUCUAAAUAUCUGCAUCGAUUACACGGCGCAGAAAACGGGUUGGGCCUAAGAGUUAAGAAAAAAAGAGGAAGUUUAGAGGACUCAACUUUUAUUGCUCAUAAUAUAUAUGUUUGUAAUAAGAGUAACUUUCGUAAUUGCAUUUGUUCCAGCACCAUCCCGCACCGGCCGACACGGCGGGCAUUUAUUGAAUGGAUUUGAUGGAAUAUAUAAUAUACGAUAACAAAAAUUGUUUGAUAUAGUAUUUCCCACCAUAAUUUUUGUCGUCUUCCUAUCCCCGAUACCCCAUUAAAUUCUAAUUCGUUUCGAUACAUGGCGGACCCGCCGCUAUUCUUGCCAAAAAA